AUGGGGAUUGACUCUGGAGUCAAUAUUUCGGAUGAUGUUGCACCUUACGGGGAAAAAAGUGCCUUUACCCAACUGGAGCACAACAUAGUGGCUGGGUAUCUCAUUACUGCAGGUGUUAUCAGUUUAAUGAGCAACAUUGUGGUGCUGCUGAUGUUCGUGAAGUUUAAGGAGCUCCGCACUGCGACCAACUUCAUUAUAAUCAACCUGGCCUUUACUGACAUCGGGGUGGCUGGGAUCGGCUAUCCCAUGUCAGCUGCCUCAGACAUCCAUGGCAGCUGGAAAUUUGGCUACACUGGUUGUCAGAUCUAUGCAGCUCUUAACAUCUUCUUUGGUAUGGCGAGUAUCGGCCUGCUGACUGUGGUGGCCAUCGACCGCUACCUCACCAUCUGCAGACCAGACAUAGGGCAGAAAAUGACGGUGCGGUCAUACAACCUUCUUAUUCUGGCGGCCUGGCUGAACGCUGUGUUCUGGUCCUCCAUGCCCAUAGUGGGCUGGGCGGGUUACGCCCCUGACCCCACAGGGGCUACAUGCACCAUCAACUGGAGACAGAAUGAUGCCUCCUUCAUCUCUUACACUAUGGCAGUGAUUGCUGUGAACUUUGUGGUGCCGCUGUCUGUCAUGUUUUACUGCUACUACAAUGUGUCAAUGACUGUGAGGAGAUACAAAGCCAGCAACUGCCUGGACAGCAUCAACGUCGACUGGUCGGACCAGAUGGACGUCACCAAGAUGUCCAUUGUGAUGAUUGUCAUGUUCCUGGUGGCCUGGUCUCCGUACUCCUUGGUGUGUCUCUGGGCAUCGUUUGGUGACCCUAAGACUAUCCCUGCUCCCAUGGCUAUCAUCGCUCCACUCUUUGCCAAGUCCUCCACCUUUUACAACCCCUGCAUUUAUGUCAUCGCAAACAAAAAGUUCAGAAGAGCCAUCAUAGGGAUGAUCCGGUGUCAAACCAGGCAGCGAAUCACCAUCAAUACCCAGGUUCCCAUGACAACCUCCCAACAACCUCUGACCCAGUGAGGUGGAUU